AUGAAUGGUAAAGCCAGUAAAGAACAGCAAAUGGCACAGCAGGUUCAGAACAACAAAAAACGUGAAGGAAUAGAGUCAAUCCCAGAAGGAUUAGCAUUGACAUGGAAAAUUGAAACACACGCUGCAGGAGUCGAUGUUGGACAUUUGAGUUCAAAUAUAGAAGUUGAAGAAGGUGACGCAAUUUACAAUGAGUCAGUUUCAUCUAAUGAUGAAGGAAAUUCGAGAUUUGAUGGUGAUGAUAGCAAGUUUGUCAACAAUACCGAUUGGGAUCCUGAUCAUCAAAUCAGUGAGUAA